AUGGCGUCCGAUUCAGAGAAUAACAUGGCCGACAUGUUCGGCGACGACGCUGAGGCCACCGGCGCCAUUGCCACGUCCACCUCGCCCCCACCCGACCAGAACGAGGAUGACGAUGACGACGUUGUCACCGGAAGGCGUACCACUGGCGGCGCUGGGGCUGCGGCGAGUGACGACGAGCUCAAUGACGACGAACCGCCGCUGGAUGAUGAGGAUGACCUUUUCGGUGACGGAGGAGACGAUGACGAUCUUGAGCAGGCACCGGCGGAGCGCACACUCGACGAUGAGGAGCUCGACUCUGGCGAUGACAUGGGCCGCGAGGAUCGCGUGAAGAGUACGGCUGCGGAGGAAUUCGAGGCUAUGGAGCUCCAGAUUGCCGAAGCAUCGCUGCCACGCCAUGCAGUUCCUGAGCCCAGCGACAACGAGCUCUAUCUCAUGAAGGUACCACGCUUUCUCGCAGUUGAUCCCAAAACCUUUGUCCUGGAGAAGUGGCAACCGCCCACAACGGAUCAUCACAGCAAGAGAGAGCCAUCGUCGACCUUCUCCCCCUUCAAGACCGCCCAGACGACCAUCCGCUGGCGCCAUUCUCCUUCCAACCCCACUCAGCUUCAAUCCAAUGCACGCAUCCUCAGAUGGUCCGAUGGUUCCCUUACUCUGCAGCUCGGUUCCGACCCCACGCAGCAGUACGAGCUUGACGGAAAGCCCCUUGCUCCUCCACAGAUUAACCCUACCAAGCCUACGCCUACUAGCAUCCGGGAUAUGAAGAAUCGCGGAGCUACUACGUAUGACCCAAGCAAGGACUCUCACACGUAUCUCUGCACGCCCAAUCAACGCGAGCAAUUGGUGCGCAUCACCAACAAGGUCACCGCUGGUCUUUCCGUUCUUCCAUCUAAGAGCACAACGGACGAUUCUUUGGAGCGUUUGCAGGAAUCUCUCGCCGCUGCCGCCAAAGCACGCUCUGGUGCUGGCGGCUCUGUGGCCAUCUUCAGCUUGACUGAAGAUCCGGAGAAGAAGAAGAGGGAGGCAGAGGCGACUGAGAGGGAGCGUGAGCGACAUGCUAAGCUGGAGGAGCGCCAGAGAGAGCGCCAGCGCAUGCGGAACGACCGAGGCUUUGGCCGCAGCGGGUUUGCUCGGUCUUCAGGAUAUGGCGGUUCUCGCUAUGGCCAAUCGAGCGCGUAUGAUGAUGAAGACCGUGGUGCUCGCGGAGCCAAGCAGAGACGUCCCAGGCGGGAAGAGUAUAGCGAUGAGGAGGAGGAUGCUGGACCUCGCUCUCGCUUCAGGGAGGACGAGUACGACGAGGACGAUGACUUCCUCGCCGGCAGCGACGAGGAGCCCGAGACGUAUGAGGACGAGGAAGACAUCGACGACCGCCUUGAGGCACAACAGCGUAGGGAGAGGCGCGGUAGUCCGAAGAGGGCUCACGCGGACGAGGACGACGACGAUGAGGAUGAAGUCAUUGCGGCAAGCUCUAGGAAGCGGAGACGGGUCGUCGAUGACGAUGAUGAAGACGAGGAGUAG